AUGUUGCUAUUGGAACCUGCGCUUGAUAUCUACAAGGAAAAUGCCAUCUCCCGAAUUAGCUCGCAGUCAAACGGCGACAACCAAAGCAUUCAGACUCUCGAAGUUGCCUUCUUGCUGAUAUCGGCACGUCAAGUUAACCCCGAUAUCUUUGAUGCGAUGUUCCCUCUCCACCGGAAUCCCGGAGACAUUAUCAUCCAGCAGGGGGAUGAGGGCGACAACUUCUAUAUCAUUGACCAGGGCGAAGUGGAGGUGAGUCUGCCAGUUAUUCGAGCUCUCUGCUAUUCCAGCCCCAUCCCCAAAAAAGAACACUUGUCCACAAUAACUGGUUUUGCCCUGGUCAAAGUGCUUUAA